GGCCUCUGGCGGCCAAGGAGCGAGCCGGCUGCACCGCCCGGCCCGCCUCCGGCCACUCGGCCAGCGUAACGUCACGGACACGCCCCUCGGUUUUAAGGACUCCGGAGGAGGGGGAUUUCUCAGAGGCCAGCGGCUUCUCACGCGCGGAGCCGUCGCCGCGCGCCCCCGGGAGCUCCCCGCGCGAGCGCGCAGGCCGCCGUGGCUCUGCCGGGAGCGGAGCGCACUAGCCGGAGCCGGGAAGCGCGCCCGCCGCGAGGCUCCGCCCUCGUCCCGGGUAGGCGGUGGCGCGGGUGACGUAGGCAGCGGGAAAUCCCCCCCCGUUCCGCCGGGCGGUCCGCUCCGCCCCCUGCCCCUGCCGCGGCAUCCUGGCAGGGCGACUCCAGGACACUAGUGACCGGAGCGCGAAGAUUCGGGGGUGGGAAGGUGUGAGCCGCAAACCCAGAGGGGCCGGGAAAGAAGAGGAGGCCCGGGGGUGGUCGGAGGACUGGGGUCGCGGCUGCAGAGGCUGCUCGGCCUCCUCCCUGGCUGGCUGGCUAGUUGGCUGACUGACGGGCUAGCUGGCUGGCUGACUCACUCACUCACUGACUGGCUGGCUGGCUUGCAGCCUCUGGCCCGACGCUGGAAGCUGCGGCGAGCGGCGCGCGAAGCGGAGCCAUGGCCUCGAGCGGAUAUAAUCCCUACGUGGAAAUCAUUGAACAGCCAAGGCAGAGGGGCAUGCGGUUUAGGUACAAGUGUGAAGGUCGCUCAGCCGGCAGCAUCCCAGGGGAGCGCAGCACAGACAACAACCGGACUUACCCGUCUAUCCAGAUUAUGAACUACUAUGGAAAAGGAAAAGUAAGAAUUACAUUAGUGACAAAGAAUGACCCCUAUAAGCCCCACCCUCACGAUUUAGUUGGAAAAGAUUGCAGAGAUGGGUACUAUGAAGCAGAAUUUGGACCGGAACGCAGACCUCUGUUUUUUCAAAAUUUGGGUAUUCGGUGUGUAAAGAAAAAAGAAGUGAAAGAAGCUAUCAUUUUAAGAAUUAGCGCAGGAAUCAAUCCUUUCAAUGUCCCUGAACAGCAGCUGCUGGACAUUGAAGACUGCGACCUCAAUGUGGUGAGGCUGUGCUUCCAAGUUUUCCUUCCUGAUGAACAUGGUAACUUCACAACCGCGCUGCCUCCCAUUGUUUCCAACCCGAUUUACGACAACCGUGCCCCAAAUACUGCAGAAUUAAGGAUCUGUCGUGUGAACAAGAACUGUGGCAGUGUCAGGGGAGGAGACGAAAUAUUUCUGCUCUGUGACAAAGUUCAGAAAGAUGAUAUAGAAGUUCGUUUCGUGUUGAAUGACUGGGAAGCCAAAGGUAUUUUUUCACAAGCUGAUGUGCACCGCCAAGUUGCCAUUGUUUUCAGGACGCCUCCAUACUGCAGAGCCAUAGUGGAGCCCGUGACAGUGAAAAUGCAGCUGCGGAGGCCUUCCGACCAGGAAGUCAGCGAGUCUAUGGACUUCAGAUACCUGCCAGAUGAAAAAGAUGCCUAUGGCAAUAAAUCAAAGAAGCAAAAGACGACUCUCAUUUUUCAGAAACUGCUGCAAGAUUGUGAAUCCAACUUGUUUUCUCAUGGUACAGUUUUACCGGAAACGCCCAGGUCUUCAGGAGUUCCAGGGCAAGCUGAACCCUACUAUUCUUCUUCCGGGUCCAUCUCAAAUGCAUUGCCACAUCACCCGUCAGCCAUGCCCUCCAUGGUCCAUCAGCCUGCAAGCUGGUCACCGGUGACACACCCCACCUCACACCCAGGCAGUACUAACACCCUGAGCAGCUUCCCGGCCGGACAGCUUUCCUCUAACUCACAAGGUGUCCUUCCGUUCCUAGACGGGGCUGGCAUGAACGACUUAAGUGCCUCUAAUGCUUGCCUUUUUAGUACUGAUAACCUGGCUAGGAUGGAGACGCCGUCCAUGUCACCGACCGACUUAUACAGUAUUUCUGACGUCAACAUGCUGACGAAUCGGCCUGUGAGUGUGAUGACAAGCAGCACUGAUGGCAUGGGGGACACUGAUCACCCAAGACUUGUGAGUGUCAAUCUUGAAAACCCCUCCUGUAACUCCAGGUUAGACCCAAGAGACCCGAGACAACUGCAUCAGAUGUCUACUGCCAGUAUGUCAGCAGCAGGCACCAGUUCCAGUUCUGUUUUUGUUUCACAGUCGGAUACAUUCAAUAGACCCCACUUCAGUUGUAUAGAUAAUGGUCUGACAAAUGAACCCGGAUUAGCAAACGACGCACAUCAUCCUAACUUUGCCCAGAGCAGUCAGUACUCAGGUAUCGAUGCUCUGCAGAGUGAGCAGUUGGGCGACUCCUUCGAGUAUAGUUUUUUCAAAAUAUAAGUUGUAGGACUUAAAUAGGUGUACAGACUAUUAAGAGGAAGUUCAGAUGUCAGAACUUUAAAGCUGCCACUGUUUCUUACUUUGAAAAAGAUAUGCCUGAAGUACAUGUGCUUGAUGCGAAUUGUUUUUCUGUAUUUCCCCAAGACCAGCUAUGGGUCUUUAUAAUGUAUUAGUUAAAUGAAAGGAUAUUUGCUUUCAAGCAGAUUUAAAGUAAAACAUGUAAUGGCUAUGCCAUUGGGAAAUAAACUCAUUGUUGUUGAGGCCCAUAGGCCAAAGUGACCCCUAAGGGGUUUUCUGAGGUUUCUUGGUAUUUUAGAGGGUGUGUGUGUGUGUGUGUGUGUGUGUGUGUGUGUGUGUGUGUUAAAGUAAGCUUUCAAGGUAUGGAAGGUUUUUGUUCUAUUUUAUAUUAUUUAGACCCUUUAAAGUUACAUGUGAAAUUAGCUUGAUAUCUGUAUUUUCAAGAAAAAGUUUUCUUGAGCCUUUUCUUUUUAGAUGCUCUCACUCCCUUUGAUUUCUUAAAGCCUGUCUACUUAUCUAUAAAGAAUCUGACCAGGCAUCCUGGGCUCAUGUCUGUGAUCUCUGUAUGUGAGAUUGUAGGUUCACAGAUGCCUGAACACAUGGCAAGCUCAAUACCAGCUAGAGCGGCUUACGGAAAGCUUGUCCCAAAGAAGAGAAAAGACCAAGCGUGUGACUCAGUGCUGGAGCUUGCUUAAUGUGUACAAGGCCCAUGUUCAGCCCUGUGUAGGAGAGACUAAGUAACAAACUUAUUUCAGCUCAAUAUAUCCAUACAGAGUGUUGAACUUUUCUCAGGACUCGUUUCUUCUUCAGCCUUUACCACUCUGCACAUUUCUAUGCCAUGCUUCCAGUUCCUGAGGCAAAAGCCUUGGUGUCACCUCUAUGCUUCUCCCUCCCACAUCUUUCUCAUCCAUCAUUAAACGCAGAAGGCCAUUUCCUCUGAGUGCCUCCAAAGCUCCCCGUCUCCUCUGACCUUCUGAUCUUCCUGCUCUGCCUCUGCAGCGCUGGGAUUGCUUGCGUGCUCCACCACACUAGAUUUGUGUGGUACUAGGGAUGAAAGAUGGGUCUCUGCUGGGAGAAGUCUUCUCACAGUUGAGAUACUUGCUCAGCUCAGACUAACUGCAGUCACUCUGUAUUAGUGACACUGACAGACCUGGACAUAGCUACUAAGGAGCUCAGCAGAUGUUACUUGCACAUCGACUUAUUUCAGUUUUUCCUGUAAGGUGAACUAAGGUAUGUCUACAUCUGUGUUUAGAGCAUUUUCAAUUGAUGUUUUAUUCUCAGGUGCUACUUACUGAUCACAGCAUUCAGUGUAUAACUUCCAAUGCAUUUAUCGACCCGUUUUUCCUUUGCGUCUGGCUGCAUUUGUAUCUCACGUGUUUUGAGAGAAUUGGCCUUCUUUUCCAGAUCUCACUUGUGCACUACAUCCCUCCUCCUGUUCCCAGUAGCCUCGUAUCACCAGUUAGUUCUUGCUCUCUUUGAACAGAAUAAAUAUCUUCUUGAGCUUAAAAGGAAAGGCUGAAAAAUAUUCCCAUCCAAGUACCAAGAACCCUUCCCCUAUCACACCCUGUCCUUCCACGUCUUCACCUGGAAAGUGUCCGUGCCUCCAUCUCUCUCACUCCCUCCUUCUCCAUCCACCUCGGCCUUUAGUCCGCCCCACCCCGUCCCUUAUCAGCCUUCACCCUCUUCAUCUGUGCUGUCCACAGCCUAUCACCUUUUGAUGAACAGGAUCCUGUGCGUUCCUAACCCCAGCCCAGCCUGCAUGGGCUGUUCUGUGUGCAUCUCAGCACCACAACUUCUCCUGCUAUCCGAAUGCUCAUGACAUUACUGCUGUCACGGAGAGAAUUCAGUAGAGACUUCAAAGUCAUAUCUGGUUGACCUGCUUUUGAGUCUGCCUACUCAGUGUCAUGCAUCUGCCCCUUCUGUUACUGGCAAGUCUUUAUUCUUUUUCUUCAAUGAAUAUCUUUUCCAUUUGUUUAAGUUUUUUUAAUAGCUUAUUCCUCUUACACUUUGUAGUUGGGACCUGUUGAAUUUAUUCCCACAGGUAGUGUGUGUGUGUGUGUGUGUGUGUGUGUAUGUAUGUAUAUAUAUAUAUAUAUAUAUAUAUAUAUAUAUAUAUAUAUAACCUUUUCUGCCUCUGCUCCCAACACUUACCAGCAGGCUUCUCUGCAGGGUUUGGUCAUGCUGCCACAGUUGAGAGGGGCAGGGUAGUCAGUUAAGUGUUUCUCACUUAUCUCUGGGACUCUAGCACUUGACGUAGACUCUGGCCUAACCGGUGCUGAAUAAAUGUUUAGAAAGGGGGGAUGAUUAUACAUAUAAUGAUCAUAUUUGAUUUUAAUGGGAAAGGUGCUUCACCCUGCAGGGAAACUAAUGAUGCCAGAUCAUCUUUCCUGUGAGAUAUACUUCUCUUCUGGCCAACCGCUGCUGCUGCUGCUGCUCCUCCUCCUCCUUCUCUUCCUCUUCCUCUUCUUCCUCCUCUUCCUCUCCCUCCUCCUCUUCCUCCUCCAUUCUCCUCCUCCCCCUUCAAAAACUAUGCAAAGACUGGGACAUAGCUUCAUGGUAGAGCAUGGCCCUGUGUUUGAUACCCAGAAUUGCAACAAUAAUAAAAUUAUAAUAGGAAAGUAUGUAAACUACCCUGAGGCUCUUUGAUACCCAAAGCAGCUCUCUCAGAAACUGUAGUACCAACAGUAUAUAUAGUAUCAGGUAGAAAUCCCAAGUACCCCAGUGGUACCCCUUGACAGUUUACUGUGCAUAGACAUGUUAGUAGCCUGUAUUCAUGUAAGCCAUGUGACAUUUUUGUAACUGUAUAUUAUACAAUGUACCAUGUUCCAUGUAGAAUAUAAGAGGAGAAUGGUAUUCAACUCUUGUUCUCAAAGAGGAAUCACACAUACAGUCAAUCACAUAAACAUGGACAGAGUUUAAGGUAUAAUUUGAAGAAUUUUGGAUUAUGUAAAGACUAUGUAACUACUAUGUUUGGGACCCCAGAAGUUCUCCUCCAUUCCUCCUGGUUCUGCUGUUCUGAUUCUAUCAUGAGAGCCUGCUGACUUCCAAUCCUAGCCACCUUUUCAUUUGCCUGCUAGUUCUCCAUUCAAAAAUCUUAGUGUGGAGUAACUGGCCUGUCAGUUUGUCUUCCUAUGCUGUGUUGUGUUUCUGCAGCCUCGGCCACAUGAUAUUUUCCCUGGUGAGACUUAAAAUUGGUGAUCCAGGUUGUCUCUACCAUACCAAGUUCUAAUCAUAAGUUGAAAAUUUGCCAUAAGCUAUCAGACAGCAUGAAACAAGGUAAAGAAGAAAGACUGACUGUAGUCAGUUAGCCUAGAUGGAGCUGUUGGUCCUCUGACACUCAGACAGAAGAUCACAAGUUCAAGGCCUGCAGAGUGUGCAGAGUGAGCGCAAGGGAACAGCUUUGUGAGCUCUUACCUCAGAAUAUAAAGUGGAAAACAGGUUGCGAUGCAGCCGGGUGAUAGAGCACCUAUGAUUUACAGCUGAAGACCCAGAGAAAUGAAAACCUGGCCUUCCUACGUCCCAGGUGUGUUUUGUGUUGUCUGAACUGAAACACUGAGUUAACGAAACCGAUAGCUGUUUCUCAUGGGCCCUGAUUAGUGUAUUACCCAAACAUUCCUAGUCACUCAAACCCAGAGAAAAAUCACGGGGUGGGUAAACGCUUUGUGAGAUUAUGACAGGUUUCUCUUUAGACAGACGUCUAAACUGCCCCCUAUGGAGAAGGUCUUUUUUUGGACCUCGCUCUGUCAGAGCACACUUUCUUACCGAGGGAAGUCAGUUACUGGCUUUCCUUUUGGAAUUUUGUGACUUGAUUUCUUUGUAGAAGUUGAGAGUUUUGGGGAGUCCUUUGACUUUUGUGAUGCCGCCACUGCAAGAUUUCGGGUUUGCUCAGAGGUUGGAUGUGUAAAGAAGGGGCUAGAAUGCUUUUGUAUCUAUGAAUGAGAAGCCCAUGCAGCAGUGGGCCAGGAGGCACAAAGGCACUCCUUGUGUUCAUCCCUUUAAUUGAAUAUUUAAGCUGAGCGCAGAAUUUAAACCUCGAGGUCAAUGGUGGAGAAGACCUAAUUUUUUUCAUGUAUGCAAAAAGACCACAAACCCACACAUGUCCUCACCACCUUUUUGUCUGUGUUUUGUUUUGUUUUAGGGAGGUUGAGUUUGUUUUGUUUUUUUCCAAACAGGGUUUUCUCUGUGUUGCCCUGACUGUUCUGGAACUCACAGAAGUCAUCUUCUGUCUCCCAAACAACUUCAGGAAAUUUUUUUUUUGUUGUUUUUAUUUUAUUUUAUUUUAUUUUAUCUUUUGGAACUUUAAAGAAUCACAAACAAGCCAGGUGGCAGUAGCACACUCCUAAAUUUAAUCCCAGCACCCAGUGGGCAGAGGCAGGCAUAUUUCUGUUACUUCGAGGCCAACGGGUCUACAGAGUGAGUUUGAGGCCAGCUGGGGAUACACAGAGAAAACCUGUCGCAAAAAAUAGCAACAAACCCAAAACCAAAACAACAACAACAAAAGAAUCAUAAACAAAAUAAAAGAAAUGUUUACUUCUUAAAUUGAGUUUUUAGCAGAUACAUAAUAUUUGAUGAAACACCAAAUUGCAGAUACAUAAUAUUUGAUGAAACACCAAAUUUAUCUAGGCUAAUUUCUUCCUAAGCUUCUUUAACCAAAAUGCAACUCUUCCUGUAAACGGAGUGAGAUAAGGCUGGGGUACCGUGGGCUCUCGAUGGCAUUCGUCGCUGCUCUUAGUGAACCAGCUGUGGCAAUACAUCCUGUAGCUCCAACCCGUGGAAGACGGAGACCUCAGCCAAUCAGUCAUCAGUCCAAGAACUUUAAAACGCUGUUGGCUAGGGCUAAUAGACUGCAACAAAACGGUGAACCCUUUGCUGUUGUUUUGACUUUAAGUUGAGUAUCGACCUGCCUCUCUCUCUCUCUCCUUUCUAAGUACUAGGACUACAGGCAUAUGCCACACACCUCCCCGGAUGUAAAAUACUUAGAUUGUGGAGAGGAGAGGAGCCUCACGCUGGGAUUGAACCCAGGGUUGCAUACAACUUAGGGUUAGUGUCAGUACUCCACCACUAAGUUGCCUGCAUUUGAAAAUGAUUGUAUAGGCUUGAUGAUGAAUGAAUUUUAAGGCUCUGAUAAAAAUAUUUUUUAAGUUCUCAGAUGUUGGUCCUAAGAAGUUAAGCUUUGUAUCAAGAUGAAAUAUUUUUUUAAAUGUCAAGAUACCCUUUAUUAUAUAGAAUGAAUAUUGUGUUACUUUUGUAAUAUCUUUGUAUACUGUGAUUUUUUUCUUGAUGUAAUAAACUAUUUUCUAAAAA